GAGAGGCCGGGGCAGCGGGCGCCGGCGUGGGCGGGGGAGCGCGGCGCGGAGCGGCCGCCCCGGGGGCUACUGUGGCGCUUGGGGCUGGUACUGCGGCUCGGGGUGCGCGCCUGCGGGCUGGUGCUGCGCUUCGGGCCGCUGCUCCUGCUGUACCCGCUGAGCCGGCUGUGGCCCGGCAUGGGCUCUCGGUGGCUGCGACUGCUGCGCAGGACGGCCGAGGCCGCCGGCCCCACCUGUGUCAAGCUGGGCCAGUGGGCCAGCACCCGCAGGGACCUCUUCUCGGAGGCCUUCUGUGAUGAGUUUUCCAAGCUGCAUGUCGAGGUGAGCCCGCACCCCUGGGGCCACACCGAUAUGCUCCUAAGGAAGGCCUUCGGUGAGAACUGGACGGGCAUCCUCAAAUUCCCAAGCCGGGAGCCGGUCGGCUCGGGCUGCGUUGCUCAGGUCUAUAAAGCCUAUGCUGACCUCACUGCUAUUGGCGGCUCCCGGGCCCAGGAGCUGCAGCAACACUCGGAGUUCAGGUCCGCUUUUGAAGUGUGGGAGGUGUCAGGCUUUAGAGGUCUCCUCAGGUGGCUGAGAACGAGGAAGAGCAAGGAGACACGGGAUGAAAGGAGCAGGGAGGAACUGAGCCUAGCAGACUGCUCCCAGGGAAGUCCCAUGAAUAAGAUGUCCCUUAUGGAGCAGAGGGCCAAACCACUCCUGAAUGCCAGUCCUUCAUCAGCCAGACAUCUCACGCCUGUAGCCAUUAAAGUCCUGCACCCUGGGCUGGUCAACCAAGUCCAGAUGGAUCUGUUUCUCAUGAAGAUGGGCAGCCGCCUCAUUGGACUUCUCCCUGGAUUCAAGUGGCUCAGUUUGACAGAGGUUGUGGAGGAGUUUGAGAAGCUUAUGAUGCAGCAGAUUGACUUACGCUACGAAGCCAGAAAUCUGGAGCGCUUCCGACAAAAUUUCCUAGAUGUCAACUUUGUGAAGUUUCCAACUCCCCUUUGGCCUUUGGUAACAGCAGAUGUUCUAGUGGAAACGUUUGAGGAGAGUGAGCCUAUUUCACGCUACCUGCACGCCGAGAUUGCCACAGAGCUGCGGCAGAGACUUGCAAAGAUGGGCAUGGACAUGCUGCUAAAGAUGGUAGGCACUUGGCUAAAGCUGGAAGUGAAGGUGGUUUCCCUGCAGAAGCCUUUCAGUUGGGAUAAUAGGACAAUACGGCUAAAGAGAGAACCCAUUUGCUUCCCACAUCUCCUACCUGCACCCAUGUCCACAGGGACACAGACUCAAAGACACUGUUGUGCCUUUGCAGCCAGCCCCUGGAUGCCAGCAAGAACUGCAAACAAUUGGUUGCAAGUUACCGGCGAUCAAGUCCUGAUUCUCUUGUUCCAACUUGUUCCUCAGGGGGAGAGAGUGGCAGAGCUGAUCCUCCACCACGCCCGCGCCAACCAGUGCCAGGAUAUCGAGCGGUUCAAGGCUGAGAUGGCAGAACUGGUGGCCAAGGUCCGGGGAAACACCAUCGCCCUGGGGAAGCUGCAGGUGGGAAAUCUCCUCUCGAAUGUCUUCAAACUAUUGAUGACCCAUAAGGUGAAGCUCGAGAGCAAUUUUGCUUCCAUCAUCUUUGCCAUCAUGGUUCUGGAGGGACUAGGUCGUUCACUGGACCCUGAACUGGACAUCCUAGAGGCAGCUAAACCACUGCUCAUCAAAACUGCAGCUUCUGUCCUCAAAUAGACUCCUGUGGCUGCUGCCCUCUCCCUGUGUGGGGUUACCUGCGCUGUCUGUGAGCCAACAGGAGGGAAGCUGAAGGUGAAGUCACAUGUGCCCUGAGGACAUGCUGUGCAAUGAUUACUCUGCAAUUACGUUUCCUUCAGUCGUUUCAGCCGAGCACCAGGCAUGGGAUGAUCAGAAGGUCUAUUCCAGAAACCAGAAGACUUUGCACAAUUGGACAUUUCUGACUCAUUGCACAAUUUUAAGAGCUAAUGUGCUCUGGUAGUUUUUAAACAGAUAUAUGUAUCUUAAGUGCACAAGAUGACUGCAGCCUGAUGAGAAAGCAGUCUUACUUGUCCAAAAGUCUUCAAAAAGAUGUUCAUUGAUCAAGUCUGUUUUAAAACACAUCAGGGUAAAUAUUUAAGGUUAAUUUACUGACUUACCUGUCACUGUGGUAUAAGAAAUGAUGUUCUAACAUCACCUAAGCAACACAGGCUGAAAAAGCCAAUAAACCUCAUUGUCUUUUGUACUUUUAACUUCUACUUUUCUUGUAGAAGUGUCCCAAGAUCCUGCAUGUAGCGGUCUGUUCUUAAUCAUUUUGGAUGAUAAAAACAGACCAGUCAUUUUGAUUUUUUUUUUCAAACUUCUGUACUCCAGCACAUUAGUAUGGAAGUUUGAUUAUAAACAGCAUAAUAAAAUAUUUGCCUAGGCAGAAAAACCUAAUUCCAUAAUAAAAAGCAACUUCUGGGAA